AUGGAUGAUGGAAGUGGUAGUGAGGGAGAUUCAAGACAAGACAUGAAUGAUGGAAGUGAUAGUAAGGGAGAUUCAAGACAAGACUUGGAUGAUGGAAGUGAUAGUAAGGGAGAUUCAACACAGGACAUGGAUGAUGGAAGUGAUAGUAAGGGAGAUUCAACACAGGACAUGGAUGAUGGAAGUGAUAGUAAGGUAGAUUCAACACAGGACAUGGAUGAUGAAAGUGGUAGUAAAGGAGAUUCAAGACAAGACUUGGAUGAUGGAAGUGAUAGUGAGGGAGAUUCAACACAGGACAUGGAUGAUGGAAGUGAUAGUGAGGGAGAUUCAACACAGGAUAUGGAUGAUGGAAGUGAUAGUGAGGGAGAUUCAACACAGAACAUGGAUGAUGAAAGUGAUAGUAAGGGAGAUUCAACACAGGACAUGGAUGAUGACAGUGAUAGUAAGGGAGAUUCAAGACAGAACAUGGAUGAUGAAAGUGAUAGUAAGGGAGAUUCAAGACAAGACUUGGAUGAUGAAAGUGAUAGUAAGGGAGAUUCAAGACAGGACAUGGGUGAUGAAAGUGAUAGUAAGGGAGAUUCAACACAGGACAUGGAUGAUGGAAGUGAUAGUGAGAAAAUUCAACACAGGACAUGGAUGAUGGAAGUGACAUUGAGGGAGAUUCAACACAGGGCAUGGAUAUUGCAAGUGGUAGUGAGGAAAUUCAACACAGGGCAUGGAUGA